AUGUCUGCAAGCAAUCCCAUCACGAUACUCCUCCUACACGGUGCAUGGCACGGGCCGUGGUGCUGGAAGGACCAGAUUCCUGAGCUGCAAAAGCUUGGCUAUGCUGUGGAAACGAUUCAUCUCCCUUGCACCCACGGCGCCGCCGGCAAGACGCAAUUUGACGACGCCAACGCGGCGCGCUCUCUUCUGGAGACACUUGUGUCGACAGGCAAGCGCGUGGUAGUUGUGGCGCACUCGUACGCGGGUCCCAUCGGCAGCGCUGCCAUCAUCGGGCUAUCUGAACAAGAGCGGGCGGCCAAGAGCCUGCCCGGCGGCGUGGUCGGCCUGGUUGCUCUCUGCGCGUUCCUGUUCCCCGGCGGCAUGGAUCAGGGCGCGGUCAUCAGGGGACUAGGUGGCUUGCCCUACGUUGUCUGGGACUCGCCGUCGGAGGGCUUGUUCGUGCCAAAGGACUCGCGCAACCUUUUCUUCCCUCCCGAUGUUCCACAGGACCGCAUCGACUGGGCCCUGCCUCAGCUGGUUCCGCAGAGUAUGGCUGCGAAUAUGGGCAUAGUGCCGCCCCAGGUGUGGCAGGAAGAUGCUGGCCACUAUGCUGACAAGCUGGGGUACAUCUUUUGCACCGAUGACACGGCGGUUCCUUUUGAGCAGCAGAAGGCCAUGGUCGAAGGCGCGGGUGGUAAAGACAAGUGGAUAACACGCGAGCUUCAAGGCUCGAGCCACAGCCCAUUCCUCUCACGACCACACGAGGUGGCUUCUGUUGUGCAUGAGAUGGUACAGCAGUUCCACAAGUCGACUACGAGCUAA